AUGCUAUGGGGUGAUCCGGAAGUUCUGGUUAAAGAUGUAGGUAGAGCUGGGUAUGCGCUACUCAAGGCAAGAGAUGACUCCAAACUUCUGAGAUACGCCAAUUCUGAAGGGUACAUUGAUCCGAAGCGGCUCCGAAAUGGCUGGUUUUGUAGUCUUGUUGAUCGAGCAGUAAGUGCUUUUAACAGACAUGCAAAUUCAGAUGUCAGGUUAAAAGUACGUUAUCACGGGCCUGCUGUUCAAGUCGAUAUCACAGAAGAACAAAAUGAUGUCUUACUGUUAUCAGUUGAUCUCGUUCCUUGUUUCGAAAUUGAAAAAAGUCAAUACUUCGUCCCAAAAUCGAGUGACCCAGUGCACGAUCCAUUCUCCAGUCUCCUCUGGAGGCAAUCGUUUUUACUUGAUGAAAAGGCACUGUUGCAGCGCUUGGAUAAGGAUGACCAUGGCUGCAGACACGAGCUGCUAAGAAUCGUAAAAAGCAUCGUCAAGUGGCAGAGGACAUCACUCGGGGCUUUGGAAUCUUACCACGUGAAGAGUGCCUUUGUACAUUACAUUAAAAAAAAUCUAGACGAUUGGGAUAGCCGGAGCUGUCGAUUCCUUGGAAAACACUUUCUAGGUUUUCUUAGGGAACUUCAGUCCUUCCUUGAGGAAGGAAACCUUCCAAUCUAUUGGCUGCCAGAGGUUAACCUGCUGGAAGAAAUAAAUCCAGUAGUGCUUAAAAAUAUGGCGAAUCGUCUGAAGAGAAUUCUCAAUAGUGAAGCAGAAAUUGAUCGCAUUCUCUCUUCCAGAAUACACUUGGAAUGCUUAAUUGAUGAGGAUGAGAUAUUUAAUUUACAUUACACUUCUCAUCUUGAAAUGCCGCAAUUAGAUGCAGAUGGUGAAGAAAGGUCUUUUCUCCAGGCGUUUAUUCUAUCAGGCGUAGAGUUAGUGGUUGAAUCAGUGCAGGAUGUUUUAAAUUUUGCUAUCGUUUGUAUUAGUUUUGUUUUAAAAGUUUUCAAUGUCAUAUUAUUUUGUUUUCUGACGUUACUAGCAAUCACUGUAAUCAUUGAGGUUGUAAAGAAGGCCAAGCUUCAGCUUAGUCUUGUAACUUACAAGGUCCCCUAA